AGCUAACUAUUUCUUGGAGGCUUAUGAUCAUCAUUUUUUAAGAGAUUCUAAAGGUAACCAUUUCUUGGAGGUAAGCAUACUUGUAAACUUUAUGGUUUCUUGCAUGCAUUAAUUAGAGCAUGUUUUCUCCACAUACGCUCUUCUUGCAACUUUGAACAUGUUACCCACUUCCAAAAUAUCAGUUCUGUUAUGGGCUGACUUACUUGCGUGGUACGCCAUGUGCGUGAUGAUGACAUACUUGACAAAUGUCUGGAAGCUUGACCUCACCCAAGCUGCUGCAAUUGUAAAUGUGUUUACUGGUUCAGUCAACAUAAUGCCUAUAGCCAUGUCCGUCCUCGCAGAUGCUUUCCUGGGUCACUAUCGCAUGGUCUUGCUCGCCAGUCUUGCUUACAGCUUUGGGUUGAGCUUCUUGGCAAUGUCAACACUACCAGCCCUUUCGAAUGAUGCAGAUUGCAUUGGUGAUACCCAAAAGGCUCUGUUCUACACAGCAUUAGCCCUCAUAUCUGUUGGGAAAUCAGGUAAUCUGACAUCUGUAAAGUCUUUCCUGGACCAACAACAAAAGGAUAUCAAAACACUGGGUGAUGAAGAGGUAGAAAGGAAACUGCCAUGGAAAUUGGCAGCCAUGUUGGCUUUGAUUCUUCUGUCAAUUUUUGGAGGCAUUGCACUUCCAUUUAUAAAGCCAUGGUCCGUGCGAUUUGGAAUACCAGCAAUAUGUACUGUAGUGGCAACUCUUGUGUUCAUGAGUGGCUCAUCUUCAUACAUACAUCAUCCGCCGCAGGGGAGUCCUCUCACAACUGUUUCAAGAGUCUUUGUAGCCUCUGCUUCCAAGAUCUUUUGUCGUCUCCCACCGGAUGCAAAGCAGCUUUAUGAAAAACAUCAACCAAGUGAAGGUCUUCACUCUGUGCCUCACACCCGGAGCCUCAGGUACCUUGACAAGGCUGCCAUUAUAGUCCCAACCCAAACCGUAGAGCAUCAAGAACAAAAGAGAUGGAAGCUUUGCAGGGUAACAGAAGUAGAGGAAACAAAAAUCUUUAUACGCAUGAUACCAAUGUGGAUGACCUUCACUAUGUGUGGGGUCGUGAGUUCAAUAGGAGAGACUUAUUUUUUAGAGCAAGCAAACAAUAUGAAUCGCAAGGUUGGAAAAUUGAAGGUCCCUCUUACAAUGCUACCAAUCUUCUACAAAAUUGCAAAAUCAACGUUGGCCAAACUCUACAUGAAAGUGGCUGAGAAAUUCACUGAAAAGGGAUCAGAAAAAUAUGCAGCCCCGACUGGAAACAUAGCUGCAAUGCUAUUUUCUAUACUAUGUUGUAUUACGGCUGCAAAAGUGGAGACCAUGAGGCUAGACGUGAUCAAAAGCCAUGGGAUACUUGACAAACCUGAUGAGAAAAUCCCAAUGAGCAUGUUCUGGCUUCUUCCACAGUUUCUCCUUCUUGGUGCCCUUAAUGGAAUCUCUGGUAAAAGCAUCCCUGGUUUCUUCACCGGUCAAGUUCCUGCCUCCAUGAGGCCCUUACUGGAAAUUUUCACCUGGGUUGCAUUUGGAGCAGGAACUGUGGGUAGUGUCCUUUCAGUUCAUGUUGUGGGUAAGGUCAGUGAACUGGGAGGGAAACCAAGUUGGUUUCAAGACACACUGAAUAAAAGUCAUUUGGAUAACUACUAUUGGACACUCACAGUAUCGAGUUCCGUAAAUCUUGUCUUGCACAUCUUGGUGGCAAUUUGGUACCCCUAUCAAGACUCGCCACAAGAUACAGUCGAUCCAAACCAAGUCUAGCUAGUUCCUUUAACCAAAUUUCAAAAAAAAAACAAAAAAAAAAAUGCCAAAAACAAAAAAGCUAGUUCCUUUAAUUUCUCGUGUUCUUUAUUUAACCUCUGGGAAAAAAAAAAAAAAAAAAAA